AUGGAUCUCGUCGCGAGUGUUCGUAAAGAAGGCAGCCGCGGCGGCCGCAACGAGUUCAAAUGGUCCGAUGUCAAAGAUUCCAGCCACCGAGAAAACUAUCUCGGCCACUCUGUCAUGGCGCCGGUCGGUCGCUGGCAAAGUGGUCGUGACUUACACUGGUAUGCCCGAUCCGGGCACGACGCUGAAGAUCAAGCCACCAAAGAGCGUGAGGAGAGGCAGCGCGUCAAGGAAGCCGAGGAAGAGGCGAUGGCGCUCGCUUUGGGUCUCCCAUUGCCCCCCAAAGCCGCCGCCGCCGCCAACGCCAAUUUGACACCACUGGGCGACAAAGACGUUCAACAUGCGCUUCGGGAGACGGCAGCUGGGGAGGAUCUAUCGGGUGACGGGAUGGGCAAGGGUGUCGGGCAGUGGGGGUCGAUUCACACUCGCGACAUGAUCGAAGACGGAGAAGCGGACGGAGCAGGAGCCCGGACAGGGAUCGCAGGCGAGAUCGUGCCAGUGGCCGGGAUCGAGACCGAGAUAGAGAGCACAGGCACCGGAGGCAUCGCGAUGAGCGCUCUCAUCGCCACAGGAGCCACAGGCAUAGGUCGAGGUCCCGCUCACGAGACCAGGAUCGCCGGAGAAGACGGUCACGCUCGCGGUCUAGGAACAGGGACGGGGGCAGGAAAGACGAUGAUCGCAGAAGACGAGAAGAUCGCAGGCAUCCGCAUUCACGCGAAAGGGAUUCGGACUCUUACCAUCGGCGCUGAGCCCGCGCCGCUUUUCUGGUCCAUCUUUACGUAA